AUGCACAACCCAUCAACCCACGUCUGUCUGACAAACGCAUCCAGACACCCUCUAGACCCACAGAAAUGGCUCCUCCUCCCUACCUACCGCCUCCGACUAACGCUCUUCUACACGUCGCGGUACCGCCGGCCCUCGCAAAACACCACCACGAUCCGCAAAUUCUUCGCGAGUCCAGAGGCUGCCAACGACGCGGCGCUGCAGCUCGCCAAGGACUGUCGCGGGGAGGGCGAGGCGAUCAUGCUGGUGGCGCGCAACGAAGGCGAUGUCGAUGCGCUGAAUCGGUACGCCGUGGGGACGUGGGAUGGUAAGACGGCAGUCGCGGGGAGGGUGCCGUGUAAGUGGAGUUUGAUGUUGGAUUUCGAGCGCGAGAGGCUGUAUAGUCAUGAUAGCGGCGAUGUGACUGCGUAUGUGGAGGUUGUGCGGUCAUGGGACACGGAUGUUAGGAGGAGGGGUGAGAGGGUAUCGUUGGAGGAGCUGCAGAGCUCGGGUCUGGAGGGCAAGCCGCCGCCGGGGUUGGGCGGCGCGGUGUUGUAUCGGUUUGGGAAGUACGAGAUGCGGGAUAUGCGGGCUUGGCGGCGGUUCGUGAUUACGACUUCGUUGGACCGGAAGGAACGUGAGAAGCUGGAGGAUCUGUCGGCUUUGUUUGCAGAUGGUACGGUCGCGCAACGCCCUAUCCAUGCGUGGUAUGCCCAGAGUAUAUCUGACACGAUCGCCGGACUGGAAGAGAACAUGCAAAUUCUCCAACUUGCCGCAGCACGACCACGAGACGCAAAAAUACGCUUCGAUUUCGAUACAGCGCCUGUUGAGAGCCCCGCAGAGAUUGGCUGGCGCCUUGCGAAGAAGUCUGUCGUCGCCAAGGACAUUGCGAUGUUUAACAGGAGAGUGGAAAAGUUGAAGUCAGAGGAGAUGAGGCUUGAUAUGGAAGCUGAGAGCAGACCGAUUUUGGAAAGGACUAAGACUUUUGAGGAGCCGAAAUACGAGCUGGAUUAUGAUUGUGAGUUUCUGGCAGAGAGCAGGCCGGCCCUGGCACGGUAUAGAACGGAUCAGCCGCCACCAACAUCGGCCAGGAUUGGCAAGCAGAUGGAUGAGGAGGCAGAAGGUGUUAACCUUCCUCUACCAGACGCUAUGAGGGCAGAAGAGGAUGACCUACCUCUACCAAACGCAAUGAGGGCAAUCGCAGAGGAAGAGAAACUCUUACCUGGUCUCGGUGAUGGUGCAUCGGUAUCACAGGUAGGAUAUCACAACGGCCUCAUUCGAACAAGUCCCAACGAAUGCAAGUGCAACGCUCACCGGUGGCGACGCGAGAGCUUCCCAAGUCACAAGCCCUUGCCCUCGUACGAAUUCUCACCACCAGAACAGCUAGAGGCAAGGCUAGCUGCCCAGCUCGUCAACCCACCGAAAUGGGCGCUGGAUCCCACGCACAUGCCUCGGAGCAGGCAGCCCUUCAUUCCAGAGCGGGCGCUGUAUCCAGAGCCCACGACGCUGUGCGGGUACAUACGGCGGCAGCUCGAGACGACAAGACCAGCGCCGCGUGAAGCGUAUGUCCGGUUUGGUGUCAUGGACGAAAGGGACUGCGAGACGAGAUGGGGUUCGGAAUGGCGGCUGCAGUGUCAGAACGAUCAGAUGGAGUGGGAUCACGAGCGCAAUGUGAGGAAGCGGUGGAAGAGGCCUAGCAAGCCGCGGCUGAAUGAUUAUCCAGUGAGCGAGUUGGACGGGUAUGAGGGGGGUUUGCUUGAACACGAGAUGUCUUGA